GUUGUGUUAUGCUGGAGAACCGAAGAUAAUGAUCCCACUCACUCAUCCCCAUGCGAGAAGGUGGGCCUAGAGGGGACCUGUGUUUCAUCCCCACUUUUACUGGCGAACGGAAGGAAUUGCAGAGUGCAUUUGCGUCUCGCAGCCUUGAAAAGUGGUUUGGUAGAAGCAGAUGCGGGGGUUCGCAAGUUCGCAACAAGGAUUGGAAGAAGGACAUGCAUGGAGAAAGAGAGCUUUUCACUUACUUGGUACCGUCUUGGGAUUCGAGGUCGAUCACAUGAUUGCGGUAGUAAGAAGGACAUGGGCAGGCGCCACCCUCUCAACGGAAAAAUUUCGUGAGCACCUACAGCAUGAGUGAGUCAGGGGGUUUCGUCGUUGAGCACAUCAGGGUCUAAGGUAAGCAGUUUUUUGCCCCCCGCAAUGAGGGGGGAGAGAGGAUGGGAUUGACGGGCGGUAUACUUCAUUCUGAUGUUAAGAUUAGGCAGUUGCAAGGGUAGGUGUUGGAGCGUGCAGAGUGCUAGUGCGGCGAGUUGGUGGUUCCGGUUAGUCAUGUUCCUCGACAGGUGUAAGGUAGAGACGAACUGCCAGGGCGGCAGGCUGCAGUAGGCAGCUACAACAACAAGGGACGUCAGAGGGCGUUUUUUUUUUUUUUUUUUUUU